UAAGGAGUAUGAAAAACGCCCCAACGCUGUCACAUCAAGGUGACCUUCAAGUAAAACCAGUUUGACGUUUGCUAACCUAUAAAAACUAUUUUCAUUUGGAUAUUCUACCCGCGAAGUCAUAUAUCCCGCACCCGAAUUUACGUAAAUAAAUUCCGUAAUACCUCUUACAGUGCCAACUCGCUUCCCACCACGUUUUACUUAGUGUUUUAAGUGAUAAAACUGUGUAGUAACUCUUCUUGCUGUCGGUGGUAACUUGCGUGUUUUUAAUAGAGCACAAUGUCGCGCGACAGGACCUCUCGCCGCUUCUACCGCUCGGAGUCUACGCACGACCUGCUUUCCUACUUGGACAAGGGGCAGGCGGCCAGCGAUGAGAACCGGUGGACUUUUGAGACGGCGUGGGAGGCCGCCAACAAAGUUGGUGGCAUCUACACUGUGAUUCGGUCGAAAGCCUAUGUGUCUGUCGAAGAGAUGGGAGAGAACUAUUGUUUGCUUGGUCCGUACAAGGAGCAUUGUGCUCGUCAAGAGGUGGAGGAGCAGGACUUCCCCCCCAACUCCCCCCUCGCUAUCGCCGUCAACGCCAUGAGGAGCCAGGGCUACAAGCUCCACACAGGUACUUGGCUAGUGGACGGGAACCCCCAAAUCAUCCUCUUCGACAUCGGAUCGGGCGCCUGGCAGCUGGACGGCUACAAGCAGGAGCUGUGGGACACUUGCUCUCUGGGCAUCCCGCACCUGGAUAUAGAGGCCAACGACGCUAUUAUACUGGGGUUCAUGGUCGCGCAGUUCAUUACUGAGUUCAGGAAGGCCGCGGAAGGCUACAGCGACACCCCGCCUCGAGUUGUGGCUCACUUCCACGAGUGGCAGGCCGGUGUCGGACUCAUAGUACUUAGAGUACGUCACGUAGACGUAGCCACGGUGUUCACGACACACGCCACUCUACUGGGCCGCUACCUGUGCGCCGGCAACACAGACUUCUACAACAACUUGGACAAGUUCUCAGUGGACGAGGAGGCGGGAAAGAGACAGAUAUACCACCGCUAUUGCAUGGAGAGAGCGGCGGCACACAUGACACAUAUAUUCACGACAGUGUCAGACAUUACAGGCUACGAAGCCGAACAUCUCCUUAAACGCAAGGCCGACAUCAUUACACCAAACGGCUUGAACGUGAAGAAGUUCUCAGCACUCCACGAGUUCCAAAAUCUCCACGCGUUAGCCAAGGACAAGAUACACGAGUUUGUCAGGGGACAUUUCUACGGCCAUUUCAACUUCGACCUGGAAAAGACGUUGUAUUUCUUCAUCGCUGGUCGCUACGAGUUCGGGAACAAGGGGGCGGACGUCUUCAUAGAGGCUCUAGCCAGACUGAACCAUUAUUUGAAGGCCGCCGGCUCAGACAUGACCGUAGUAGCGUUCCUCAUAUUUCCCGCCAAAACCAACAACUUUAACGUGGAGAGCUUGCGCGGCCACGCCGUCACGAAGGCUCUGAGGGACACCAUCAGUGAAAUACAGCAGAAGGUCGGCAAACGGAUGUACGACAUCUGUCUGAGGGGCCAUCUACCUGAGCCGUCAGAUCUGCUGCACAAAGAUGACACGGUGCGACUAAAGAGGUGUAUAUACGCGUUACAACGAGACGGUCUACCUCCUGUCACUACACAUAACGUGGUGGACGAUUGGAGCGACCCGGUCUUAAACGCAGUGCGACGUUGCCAAAUGUUCAACACUGUCAAUGAUAAUGUUAAAGUAAUCUUCCACCCCGAGUUCCUAACCUCCACCAACCCCCUCUUCGGCCUCGACUACGAGGAGUUCGUGCGAGGCUGCCAUCUCGGCGUCUUCCCCUCGUACUACGAGCCGUGGGGCUACACGCCGGCCGAGUGCACCGUCAUGGGCAUACCUAGCAUCACCACCAACCUGUCAGGUUUCGGCUGUUUCAUGCAGGAGCACAUCGCGGACCCGAUGUCGUAUGGCAUAUACGUGGUGGACAGACGGUACAUCUCGUUGGAGGGAUCCAUACAGCAACUGGCACAAUACAUGUUUGACUUCACCAAGAUGACGAGACGGCAGCGUAUUAUUCAAAGAAAUCGCACGGAGCGAUUGUCCGACCUUAUGGAUUGGAGAAAUCUUGGAAUUUACUACCGGCAGGCGCGGGCGCAGGCGCUGCAGACCGUGUACCCGGACUACGUGGACCGCAUGUACGUGGAGCUCGGCAAGAGCUUCAACUACCCGCGCCCCAUCUCCGAGCCCCCCAGCCCCACGCACUCCAGAACAACGACCCCCGCUGCAUCCGUACACGGCUCAGACGACGAAGACGAGGUAGAUGAAGAAAAAGAACUGGCCGAAUUGAGGAUCAGUGACAAAUAAAUAUAUGUAUAUAUAUCUUCUAAUAUGCACCUUAUCGGCUAAGAUAUAGAGUAUAUUUUAGAAGAAACUGUAAUAUUAUAUGCUUUUGCAAACUACAUACAGCGACAUCUCCUAAUAUCGUAUCCAGAAAAAAGUGUAAAGUGGCGUUUAGGUUUACUAGCGCGUUCUUAUUGGUUAUUCCCACUAAAGUUGAGUUCAAUAGAAACGACUAAUAAUGUAAACAAACCAAUUUACCUUAAUUUCUUCGUAAACUUGCACUUCGUAAACAGGCCUAGAAAUUUUUCAUUUUGCGUACGUUUUUUUUUCAGCUCUAUGCCAGUUUUUCGUAAAUUUUUACUUGCGUAGUAGUAAAAAAACCAUGGCCAAUUUUGUUUUUCUAGGCAUGAGAAGAUAGCAUAUGACUCAACCUAUCUGCCGCUUUAAUUUGGCAAACGAUGUACCAAACACCCUGUAUACUUAAAUCGUUUAUUUAUAUUUUACAUACUUAUAAAAAGAGCGAGCUCAUCGCCAACAAACUGCCCCGCAGUUUGGCGAAUCUUUGUAUUGUGGUACACAUAUGUUAUAUUUCCAUGUUACUUUCUAUAAAAAAAAUAUAUCAAUUACUAGUUAAAAUAAUUGUAUUUAAUAAUAUUUCAAUGAAUCCAUCGUAAAAUUAUUAGGUUAUAUGUCUAAUGCUAACAAAAUUUGCCAUAUUUGUUUACAUUAUUUAUUAUUUCUAUUGAACUCAACUUUAGUUACCAUGGGAUUUCUUUUCUCACCUGUACCCAGUGGUAACAAUUGAGAAAAAAAGUCCCAGUAGUUACUACCAACUCACUUUUUAUUUGGGUUUCGUAGUUAACAAGUUAGAUAAAAUGUAUACUCUUCUUUUAUGACUAGUGCAAUAUCAGAAUAUCACAUAUAAAAUAAAAAAGAGACGGUCUUUAGGAAAUUGGACCUUAUUGUCGAUGGCGCUUACGUCAUUAUUAACGAUGCUCCGAUAUAAAUACAAUGCCGCGCGACGCUGUGCGGCGUAAGCGCCAUCGACAAUAAGGUAUUUCAUAGAUAAUGCCCCAUAUAAUAUAUUUUUCUAUUGUUAUUUUUGUUAAGAAAAUAAACUUGCCUUUUUAUCUACAUCUAUGAUGUACAUCUUAUUACUUAUAGUAUAUGAAUUUAUUUUUAUAAGUUUUUGAAGACUUAACUGAUUUUAAUUGUCAACUACUAUCAUAUAUUAGCUAGAAGAGAUCCUUAUUAUUAAUAAGUUUAUAUAUAUUACCUAUAUUAUGAAAUCAUGACAGGUAUUUAACCUAAACGGCAAUAUUAAAUACACAAAAGUUUUUCGAAAUUCUCUAUUAAAAUUUUUUUUUUAUCAAAUUUUCGGUAAAAGGGUUUUAUUUUUAUGGAUUUUAGAAUUGUUAUAUCUUUUUACGAAAUUUUAGAUAGAAAAUUAUGUAUUUCUUAUAUUUUAGAAUGUUCCAUCUGCAAUGGGAUGAAAAUGCUUCUAGUAUUUUAAAUAUAUUUUAUAUUGUAACAAUCAACAUGAGAAUAUUUAUAUAGAAAAAAUCUGCAUAAUUCCACUAGGUUCAUCUCAAUUGCCUAACGGUCGAAGUAAUUUUUUUUCUAAUAUACGGGAUGGCUGAAAAAUAACUGCAUUCCCGUUGCCAGGGAGGUUUUGGGAUUAUAUACUGAGCAACUUUUACUAUGGGACCAACGCCGAAACCGCGAUAAAAAAUUUGGCAGUUUCGUACAUUUUGGCUGGUCCAUUUUCUAUGGGCUUAUUAUUAUAAGCAAUAAUGUGAAAUGCAAUUGUGUAUGGAGGCUACUAAUAUUAUAUGUCAUAUGUGACAUUCCACGGGAAAAGGUACCUUAUGGCCAUAGUCUAAUAAAACAUGGUCUUCUCUUCCCAGAGUGACACAAGCCUACGUCACAAUAACAUUGCCACUUUAUAUAGCAUCGCAUGAUGACGUAGGCUUGUGUCAGUCACGUGACCACGAAAAGACGGGAAGAGAGUACCAGGCGGAGUAUAUUAUUAUACCAUGCCUUAUGGCGGUGGCGCUUACGUCACCUAGCACCGCAUUACUCGAGCGCCGUUAAUAAUAGUGUAAGUGCCAACCGCCAUAGGGUACCUUUACCUCAGGAACGUCACAUUUUCUCUGUUGAUUGCUACAUAUUAUAAAGAAAGACAUUGGCUAAGAUUUUAACUCCUUGAUCGUUUUUAUCGAUGUCAGAAUAAAAUAGUCUUUUUAACUGCCAUUUUAGUUUUAAGAGUUGCAAAUCGAAAUGAAAGUAAUUGUUAAACUAUACAGGGUGGAAUAUCCAAGUUAAUUAGUACGAAAAUAAUCUAAAGUAAGGGCAUUUUCAUUUAACUCGUACUUUAAAGCGCGACUUAAGUCGUGUUUCAGUAACGUCUAACCGUUACAUUUCUUACAAAAUGUAUGGGAUUUGACAUCGACCGUCAGUUUUGUAACGAUUGCUAACCGGCCGUUAAAGGUGUUCAAUUAAGUGAAAAUGACUGUAAAUAUCACUUUUUUACGAAAGUGUCUUGUUAUGUUAUUUCAGUCAGUCUCGGUACAAAAAGUACUGACGUUGACUGAAGUAGCGUGACAAAUACGAACGUUUCCGAGAAAAUACGGUGGGAAACAAUCAUGCACUACAUAUAUAUAUUUAAUGAAAUAAAAAUAAGACAUUCUAGAGGUCUUGUAGCCACUCCGCGACGGAUCACCUGGUUAAAAUUUGAGUUGCCUUUUUCUUCAGAAGUUCGAGAAAAAAGUACGUUAGACCAAGAUAAUUCUGCAACAAUUUUGACAGCACUGACUGUGCAAGUAUCAUUCAUACGCCAUAAUUUUUAUAGAAGUUUGACGUUUAAAAUAACACUUGCACAGUGGGCUAUCAAAAUCGCUACAGACUUUCGGUCUAACUCUCUAUUCUCAAGGUUAAUCCAAAAUUUACCCAUUACGAUUACCCACCCUGUAUUCAAAUAUACCUCUAUGGUAUCGGUUUGGAAAUAAGUUGACGUAAUUCCUAGCAAUUUUGUUUAAAUAACUUAAUAGGUUUCGUCAUUUCAUGUGGAGUUUUCCAUAUAAAUAAGAAUGUAGGUCAAAGAGCAUUGAACUUGAAUGAUUAAGUAAUUAAUUAAUUAGUUAAUCGAUUUGUUAAUCAAAGUGCCAUAUGAUCCAGUGGUUUUAAUAAAAUAUGUUUUUAAUUUUA